CAUAAUUUCAUCGUGACAAAAUUCCUAGCUCUCUCAGUUCGUUUGACUCUCUGAACUGUAAGAAUUGAUUUUACAAAUGGCGCGCGCAAAUGUAAACAGAUGCUACUCCGAUCUGCCCCGUUUCGAAUCGGUUGCUAGGAUUUCCAGCUUUCCUAUUGUAGAAAAUAGUAUACAUAUUGCUGGUAACGUGUACGAUAGAAUAAAGCGGUCGAAUUUGUUAAUAAGUUGGAGUUUAUGCACUGCCGAACAAUCAUUUGCUAUUGCAACAGCGUCAGCUAUACCUGCGAUUUAUGCGUUAAAUGGACCUAUUAUGACGAUCGAUCAAUUGCUCUGUAAAGGUAUUGAUAUUGUAGAAGAAAGAGUACCAGCUGUGCACCUCCCCCCACAUCUGGUGUACUGCAAUGCACGAGAAUACGUGAGUAACAAAAUUGUAAUGCCGGUCCUGAUGCGUGCCGGAAGUGUGAAACAGAUAGGAAACCAUGCUGCGAAUGCUGCGGUAGACAGAUUAGAUGGCGCUCUAACUGUUGCGGAUCAAUAUGUUGAUCAUUACUUGCCUGCCGAUCCUGCCGAUAAAAUGAUAGAUGAGGUUACUCCUGCCGAAUCUGUAAGCAAAACGACACGAACUAUCAAACAUGGCGCCAGACUAUCUAGAAAACUACAAAAACGAUUAACGCGUCGCACAUUAGCAGAAGCUCGAGCCCUUAGAGAACAAGGAACAGAAUGUAUUCAUGUACUCUUGUAUGUUGUAGAAUUGCUAGCAACGGAUCCAAAAGCAGCUUACCAAAAGGCAAAAGAGCUAUGGGCAACAUUAAGUUUACCCGAACCAGAAAAUCAAGCUCGACCAGCUUCUCUAGAACAAUUGUUUGUUCUCUUAACACGUGAAUGUGCACGCCGUAUUGUUCACCUAGUGAAUGGCACAGCAGAAUUAGCAACAAAAGCACCUCGCAAUCUUGGCAAAGUUCUUGUUAAAGUUUCACAUCAAUUGCUUACAGUUGCAGAUGCUACGUUAAAAAUGCUGCCAAUUAUUGGUAAGACAGAUGCAGCGAAAGAACAAAUUUCAGUGAUACGUUCAACAAUACACAGGCUUAAUUUGUCUACAAAUCAUCUGUUGGAACAGUUUGCAGCUUUCCUAGCUGGUCGUCCAAGAGUUUCCAAAGUAACAUAUGUCCAGAGUCAUCAGCUAAACCACAAUAACCACAUGUCGAUAUCUUCCAAUCCACCAAUAAAUGAAAAUCGUCAGAGAAUGGCAACCGAAGUUGCGCAAUUACCUCAAAUAGAAGUCUUUCACCGCGUGUUGGAACUUCCGGUGAUAGAAAGUGCGAUAUCUAAAUCUGCAGCGACAUACUCUCGUGUAAAAGACUGUCACCAACUUGUCCACUGGGCACUGACCACUGCGGAAAUUUCUUUAAGCAAUGCGACGAAGCAGGCAGUACCCAUUGCUGUACCCAUUGCCAGGAAACUCGAGAACCCUAUACACUUUGUUGACCACACGUUGUGCCUUGGUCUCGACAAAAUCGAAGAAAAAGUUCCACUGGUUAAGGAGAAACCUGAGCAGGUUAGAAAUCAAUCCCUUUUCUAUAUUUCAGUUGUUAACGAUUUAAUAAUCACGCAAGCUGUAACCUUGAGGGAUAUAAGUUGGAAUAAAAUGAAUCAGGUUCUCGAAACCUAUUAUGGUAGCGCAGCUGUUAGGGGUUUUGACAGUACAGUCGACGUCGUUGAUAAGUUGAUAGAUAAAUAUUUUCCUGCGACAACAGAUGAAGAAACAAUCCAAAAAAUGGCAGAUACCAAAGAUGUCCCAACUGGGGACAACAUACCUCACCUGGAAGUGAUCAAUCGUGUAAAGAAUAUUCCUGUUAUUCAUUCAACCAUUGAAAAAACAGGAUCUACAUACUCUUAUUUAAAAGAUUCACAUCAUCUAAUUAAUUGGGCAUUGACACAAGCUGAAACUGGACUUCAAUAUGCAACAGCAACAGCUAUCCCUCUUACUGCACCUUUGGCAAAAAAAUUUGAAGGACAAAUUACCGCUGUGGAUCAAAAAUUGUGUGAAGGCUUAAAUAUUGUUGAACAAAAAGUACCACUUAUGAAACAGCCCCCUCAACAGAUUUAUGAUGCAGCUGUAGCUGUAAUGAGUAGUUCUUUGCAACCAACAAUUGACAAACUACAUGCUGCAAAGGAAUCAGCAACGCAACAAGCAUCCACACUCAGAGAAAUCAGUAUAGCAAAGGCCAAUGAAUUAUUAGCAACUCAGUAUGGCAGUAUGGCAGUGCAGGGAGUCGACAAUACAAGCGUUCUUAUUAAUGGUUUAUUGGAUCGCUACUUCCCUCCAGUCGAAGGUGAAGAAAGUACACCCGCUCCUGUGUCAGCUGAUGAAAACAAAGUUUUGCAUGCUGUACAAACCAUCGGUCAGUUAUCCACAAAAACUGCGAAUCGAGUAUAUCAUUCAGUUGCAGCACAAUUAAAAACAGUGAAAAAAGAGGAUGUUGCAUCAUACAUAUCGAGUGUUGUAUCUAUUCUCAACCUCACAUCCUUUCUUAGUUUAGCUGAUAAACAUCUCCAUAAGGAAGCAAAAAGUUCAACUGAAGAAAAUUAUGAGAGAGCUGUAUAAUAUGGAUAAUAUCAAUAUAUUUCUAUGUAAUCCGUGAGAUUUCAGCAGUGUAUUAUCUAUUAUA